UCACGAUCAUUUUUUCAGGUUUUGUGAGGUUUAAUAUUGUGUGAAUAAUUUUAAAUGUAAUUUAAAUCGUUUUUUUAUUUGCCUUACCUGAACAACACCAAAACAUUCUUAACAACUUGGAACUGAUGGCAUACCGAUAUAAGUAUUUAACGUGGGCAUGUAUUGAUUGAACACUUUGAUGAUCAUGUGGUUAUUUUUGUGUUUCUGGGCCAGCAGGUGCACAAUGAAGGUUUUGUUUUGUCUCGCAGCACUCCUCUGUGCCAUCGGAUGCCUCUGCGAGGCUAGAGUCAUCGUACCAGAAGGAGUUCCGUACGACGAGCCCCCGGCGGUUCCCUAUUGGCCCUACUCCACCUCCGACUUCUGGAACUACGUCGAGUACUUCAAGUCCAUCGGCGCGUACGAGCAGAUCAACGAGAUGGCGCGCGCCUUCUUCGCGCACCAGCACCUCGGGGACACGCUGGGAUACGAGACCAACGAGGGGCACGAGCACUGAGCACGGACCCGUGGACU